CGCAGUCCCGCCGCUGAGCGCAGCCCGGGCCCCGGCUCUCGCCGCGGCGCUCGGACGGGCGGCGAGGACGGGGGCAGGUGCAGCGCGGCCGUGCCGCCGCCCAACGCUCCGCGGCGAUGCCGGCGGUGCAGAAAACGGUGUCGGAGAUCCGCUCCCGCGCGGAGGGCUAUGAGAAGACAGAUGAUGUUUCAGAGAAAACUUCUCUGGCUGAUCAAGAAGAAUUGAGAACUAUAUUCAUUAAUCAGCCCCAGUUAACCAAGUUCUGUAAUAAUCAUGUCAGCACUGCAAAGUACAACAUUAUCACAUUCCUGCCAAGGUUCCUUUAUUCCCAGUUCAGAAGAGCUGCCAAUGCUUUUUUUCUUUUUAUUGCAUUGCUUCAGCAAAUUCCAGAUGUAUCACCAACAGGCCGUUACACAACAUUGGUCCCUCUCUUAUUUAUUUUAGCCGUAGCAGCAGUUAAGGAGAUAAUAGAGGAUAUUAAAAGGCAUAAAGCUGAUAAUGCGGUGAACAAGAAACAAACUCAAGUGCUACGAAAUGGUGCAUGGGAGAUUGUCCACUGGGAAAAGGUAGAUGUUGGAGAUAUAGUUAUAAUAAAAGGCAAAGAGUAUAUACCUGCUGACACUGUACUGCUCUCAUCAAGUGAACCACAAGCUAUGUGCUACAUUGAAACAUCUAACUUAGAUGGUGAGACAAACUUAAAAAUUCGACAGGGUUUGCCCCUAACAUCAGAUAUAAAAGACAUAGAAAGCUUGAUGAGACUUUCAGGCAGAAUUGAAUGUGAGAGCCCAAACCGACAUCUGUAUGACUUUGUUGGAAACAUCAGACUGGAUGGGCAUGGUACUGUUCCAUUGGGAUCUGACCAGAUUCUUCUACGAGGAGCUCAGUUGAGAAAUACUCAGUGGGUUCAUGGGAUCGUUGUCUAUACAGGACAUGACACAAAACUUAUGCAGAAUUCAACAAGUCCACCUCUUAAAAUGUCUAAUGUGGAACGUAUUACGAACAUUCAGAUUUUGAUUCUUUUCUGCAUCCUUAUUGCAAUGUCUUUGAUCUGCUCUAUUGGUUCAGCUGUAUGGAAUCGGAGGCAUACUGAAAGAGAUUGGUAUCUUGAUCUAAAUUAUGGUGGAGCAAGCAACUUUGGUUUGAACUUCUUGACUUUUAUCAUUCUCUUCAACAAUCUAAUUCCUAUCAGUUUGUUGGUUACACUUGAAGUUGUUAAAUUUAUCCAAGCAUAUUUCAUAAAUUGGGACAUAGACAUGCAUUAUGAACCUACUGACACUGCUGCAAUGGCUCGGACUUCCAAUCUCAAUGAAGAACUUGGGCAGGUCAAAUACAUAUUUUCUGACAAAACGGGUACUCUGACAUGUAACGUCAUGCAAUUUAAAAAAUGUACUGUGGCAGGAGUUGCUUAUGGCGAUUGCCCUGAACUUGAGGACUAUAGUGUUCCUUCAGAUGAUUGGCAAGGCUCACAAAAUGGAGAUGAAAAAAUGUUUAGUGACUCAUCACUACUGGAGAAUCUUCAAAAUAAUCAUCCAACUGCACCUAUAAUAUGUGAGUUUUUGACAAUGAUGGCAGUGUGUCAUACAGCUGUUCCAGAAAGAGAAGGUGAUAAGAUUAUAUAUCAAGCAGCAUCUCCAGAUGAGGGAGCAUUGGUCAGAGCAGCAAGACAUCUUCGUUUUGUAUUCACUGGAAGGACACCUGACUCAGUAAUUAUAGAAUCUUUGGGACAUGAAGAAAGAUAUGAAUUGCUAAAUGUGCUAGAAUUUACAAGUUCUAGGAAGAGAAUGUCAGUGAUAGUUCGCACGCCAACGGGAAAGUUAAGACUCUACUGCAAAGGAGCUGAUACUGUAAUUUAUGACCGCCUUGCCGAAAGUUCAAAAUACAAAGAAAUCACCUUAAAACAUUUAGAGCAGUUUGCUACAGAAGGCUUAAGAACCUUGUGUUUUGCUGUGGCUGAGAUUUCAGAAAGUGAUUAUCAAGAAUGGUUAGAUGUCUAUCACCGUGCUUCUACAGCUAUACAAAACAGAGCACUCAAACUUGAGGAGAGCUAUGAACUAAUUGAGAAAAAUCUUCAGCUGCUUGGAGCAACAGCAAUUGAAGAUAAACUACAAGACAAAGUGCCUGAGACCAUAGAAACACUCAUGAAAGCUGACAUAAAAAUUUGGAUACUUACUGGGGACAAACAAGAAACUGCCAUUAACAUUGGUCACUCCUGUAAACUUCUGAGAAAGAACAUGGGACUGAUUGUUAUAAAUGAAGGCUCUCUUGAUGGAACAAGGGAGACACUUAGCCAUCAUUGCAGUACUCUUGGUGAUGCUUUAAGGAAGGAAAAUGAUUUUGCUCUCAUUAUUGAUGGUAAAUCUCUGAAGUAUGCUUUGACUUUUGGAGUGAGGCAAUAUUUCCUGGAUUUGGCUUUGUCAUGUAAAGCUGUUAUUUGUUGCAGGGUAUCUCCACUUCAAAAAUCUGAAGUUGUAGAUAUGGUCAAAAAGCAAGUUAAAGUAGUAACUCUAGCAAUUGGUGAUGGAGCAAAUGAUGUUAGUAUGAUACAGACAGCACAUGUUGGUGUUGGUAUUAGUGGAAAUGAAGGUCUACAGGCUGCUAAUUCUUCAGACUACUCAAUAGCUCAGUUCAAGUAUUUGAAGAAUUUGUUGUUGGUUCAUGGUGCCUGGAAUUAUAACAGAGUAGCUAAAUGCAUCUUAUAUUGCUUCUACAAGAAUAUAGUCCUUUAUAUCAUUGAGAUCUGGUUUGCUUUUGUCAAUGGCUUUUCUGGACAAAUUCUCUUUGAAAGAUGGUGUAUAGGCCUUUACAAUGUGAUGUUUACAGCAAUGCCUCCACUGACUCUUGGAAUAUUUGAGAGAUCCUGCCGAAAAGAAAACAUGCUGAAAUAUCCUGAGUUAUACAAGACUUCCCAAAAUGCACUGGACUUCAAUACCAAGGUUUUCUGGGUACAUUGUUUAAAUGGCCUCUUCCACUCAUUCAUUCUAUUUUGGUUUCCACUAAAAGCCCUCCAGCACGGCACUGUAUUUGGUAAUGGUAAAACUUCAGAUUAUCUGCUCUUGGGAAACACCGUUUAUACUUUUGUGGUUCUAACUGUAUGUUUGAAGGCUGGAUUAGAGACCUCGUAUUGGACUUUGUUCAGUCAUAUAGCUAUCUGGGGCAGCAUAGCACUCUGGAUAGUGUUUUUUGGAAUCUACUCUUCUUUGUGGCCAGUCAUUCCUAUGGCACCCGAUAUGUCAGGAGAGGCAGCUAUGAUGUUCAGCUCUGGAGUGUUUUGGAUGGGACUUUUAUGUAUUCCCAUGACAGCUUUGCUUUUUGAUGUAGUAUACAAAGUAGUAAAAAGAGCUACUUUUAAGACACUGGUAGAUGAAGUUCAGGAAUUAGAAGCAAAGUCUGAGGAUCCUGGGGCAGUUGUACAUGGCAAGAGCUUAACUGAAAGAGCCCAACUACUGAAGAAUGUUUUUAAGAAGAACCAUGUGAACCUGUAUCGCUCUGAUUCUCUGCAGCAAAACUUGCUUCACGGCUACGCUUUCUCUCAAGAUGAAAAUGGAAUUGUUUCCCAAUCUGAAGUAAUACGAGCUUAUGAUACCACAAAACAAAGGCCUGAGGAAUGGUGAAAGAACACACUUCAAUAUUCAGGCCUUAUAAAUUGCUUUUGUGAGACAGACUACUAGAUCUUUGCUGGGAGCUGCGACCAUAGCCCAAUUAUCAGCAAUUUUAAGAUCUGUGAUGGUCUUAUUCCAUACAGUUUGGAUUUGUGUAUUCAGUAGACAUAAGCACUGUGCAACUAUACUGUAAACACGACAUCUCUAAAUUUUUUUACCGGGUAUUCGCUUAGCCUUUGUAAACAGAUUGGAAUUUACCUUAUAUCUUGCCAGCUUGCUUAUUUUACAAUGAAAUUGAAUCAAUACUGGUUAUAUACUUGGAAGGUAAUGGUCAGAUUGCUAAACAUACUUUACAUUGACAGACCAUUAGCACCUGUGAAGGUUUUUAAGUGGCAAUGUAUUUAAAUACAGUUGAUAACAAGCCUUCGAUUUCAACAAGUGCUGAAAAAAUAGUAUCUUAAUGGUGUUCACUCACCUUCUUUAAGAAAGAUUUUGAGUCAAAGAUGUUUAUAGUUGUUUGUGUCAAACUAGCCUAAAAACGCUUGCCAAAGAAGUUCCAUAAAUUUUUUCUGUUGUCAGAAAUACUUUGAAAGGAAAUGAACUCCAGUCCUGAUCUCAGAACUGCAUGCUUGAGUCUUUGCACUUGCAGAGAAGGAUUUCAGUGCAGCGCAUCUAAUGUGAGUGGCCUUGAUGGCAUUUGCUUUCAAAAGUGCAAGUAUUGCACCCAUGGCCUUAUAGAAUUUUUUCCCUUAUUUUCAUUUAGUAGUGCAUAUGUUGAAAAUGGCUGCCACCUUGUAAAAUUGAGUACACAUUUUGUUCAAACUGUAAAGAAUUGCACUGCCUUACUUCCCCUAUCAAACCUUAAUUAUUUUUGCGAUUUCAUCUGAUAGUCGUAUCUGCUUAUACAGUAGGUUCAGUGGCAAGUUUGUUAAUUUAUUUUUAAAAAUUAGUCACAUUUUCAAUCUUUUUAUACUAAAAUAAUGCAUACAUUGAAAUACAGAGCAAAGCAUGCCCUGCAGUAGUGUGUGGCAUGUACUGUUUUAUUUGUGCUGAAGCUACUUCCUAUAAAGAUCUGAAAUAACAUUUCAGCAGUCUCUUUCAAAAACACUGAUCACGCAAAAUACCUAUACGUGCACCUUUAAUUAAAAGCAGAGAGGAAGUGACUGCAGAGAAAGAUACACUUAUGGUUUUUAUUUAAAAGGAUAAUAAAAAAUUUUUAAAAAGAUGGAAGGGAAGGGGAGUUAAAUUAAAAGUCUCGUAGUAAGAAUAUGGUGAUAAUAGUGUUUUUAGGUAGUUGUAGUUGAUAUUUCUCAGCCUGCCUCUCAGUGGCCAUCAGGAUUCAAACAAUAAAAAGCUUUUUUAACUUUCAGAGUUUAGUUAAAUCUUGUAGCUUUUCUGAUUUUAAAUGACAUCAUAAUUACAUCUAGAAUACAUUUUUCCAUAGAAACAGGCACUUUUGUUUUUAAUUAAAUUUCAGUGCAUUGUACAGAACUGAUACUUUUUUCCCUUGAAUGGAGAUCAGCUAAAAGGAAAAGCAGAACAAUGACAUCCUUAAUGAUCUGCUAGAUUAAGAAUUUCCUCUUGCUCUCCAGUUCAGCCAGUUUCAACUUACAAGCAACAGGCCAUAUAUUUGCAUCUCUUCUCUCCUGUCUUCAGUAAGUUUUAGAAAAUCUUAUAAUAUCACUUACUGGAGGUGAUUUCAUCUGUCUGCCUUUCACCUGACACUUAACAUGUAACUUCAUUGCACUGUUCAGUUUCCUUGUGCUCCGUUCUAAAAGAAGCUUACAAAUACAAAAGAGAACCCCAAUAACAAAAACGAUACGAAAGUACAUAUUUCAGAAGGCGUAUCAGUGGAAGGCAGUCUGCAUUUCAUAUGCAUGUUAUGCAGUGUCUUCCUCCCAUUUUCUCAGAGUGAUCUCUAAACAGAAGAGAAAACAAGACACAGGGACAAAGGGGACGUAUCCCACUAGAAACAGUACUGCCAGUCAGUCAUGCAGACAAGAACUGCCUUCAGAAAAGCCAUUUCAGGCAGAGAUAAAUAGAUGGAUCAAUAUGGGAGGGGCAAAUCACUUGACCUGAGGCAGGAAGAAAAAAUUUGGGGGCAUGGCCCUUUCCUGAAACGGGGAUCCCUCUUUUCUGUCACCAAAUGGACAAUGGCCAACUUGAAAACAUUUCUGAAAUUAACCAUGAUACUGUUUUUCUUUUAUAAAUGUCCCAGUCCAUCCAUUCUUUCAUUCUAACUUUUAUGAUUUUUCUGCUCUGGGUGGUUUAUUUACGGGUUUUGCAGAAAUUACAUGAGCACUAUAAAUUUGUUGUGAUAUAUUGUGAUAGUUAUUCUUCAUAUUUAAAAUAAAGUGUUGCCCCAGUGUAGAAGCUUGUUGAAAAUGACACACAGCAUAACCCCCAUUUAUCUGUAUUUAAAAAGUAACUGAAACAGCUCUAAAUUAGACUGUAAUUUAAGUUUUUUAAGAGUCUUGUCACUGUUUCAUAUUUACAUCUUUACAGAAUUCAAAUUUCACAAAGUAUGUUUUUCACUUUAUUGUAGUGUUUUUCUUUUUUCUCUAUACUUUUCCCACGUGCUGCAUCUUAUGUAUUGUCUGAAAUUAGUGGUAGGAAGAUUCUGCUUUGUAGAGUCAGUAAAAAGAAAAUGUGACAAUUCUAACCAUGUUUGUUUUUUUUUUUUACAUUUGUGUACAACUGCAUUCUAAAAUAUGAGAUCAACCUACCUAUGUGUGCCCACUUUUUAAAUCAGAUCAAGAAUACAAGAUGCACUUUAUUUUCCUGUUAAGUACACAGUAAUGUGGUCUGUUAUCGUCUGAUUUGUUCAUCCUGUCUUUGUUAAUGUAAGGGGAUUGUGCAGAUGUUUGUUUGAAGAAAAAAGAGUGUGGGUAAAAAUGGUUGUAACAGUGCACUUGUUCUCACCGUUUAACAAUUCAAAUUUGUAUUAAAUACAGAAUUCAUGUGGAAUUUUCCAUCUGCUUCAUGUGUGCUGGGUAAUUACAAGUUAGUAUUAUACAUUUACAUUGGAAAGUUGGAGCAGUGCCACUUCAAAAUCAGAUAUCUUAUAUAAAAACUGUUGCUUAAUUAUUUUUAAAUAUAUAUACAUAGAUAUAUAAGUGAUUCAAAAGAGUAACUGGAAACAAUUUUAACAAACUUAUUGCUAACUUGUAUUUGGAAACUUUUCUUGCCAGUUCCUAAUUUUACACUUAUUUUUGCAAGGCAGUUUCAACAGAUUUAUACUUGAUCAUCAUUCUAUUUGUAUAAAAAAGAUAAAAUAUUUUGAAACAAUAAGAGAUGAAAAUUCCUAUAUGCCCACAUCCAUUCAUAAAAUCCCCUGUAUCACAGAGAUGCGUAUAAAGUGUCUUAAGGCUUUUCGUUACAUUUAAACCCAUCUUGAAUGAGUAGUGAUUUGGAACAUGUGUUAAAUUUAAGGAGAGAAGUUAUUUUCCUGUUUUCUUCUGUGUUGUGUAAAAGCACUUGUAGUUCUGAUGAAUUUGUCAUUUUGUCUGCAUGAAGUGAUAUUUUUUCAGUGUUCUGAGGCAAUGCAUGGUGGUUGCUCUGCCCUCAUUUUUACUGCCUUCGUUAAAAGUCUCCUCAUAGUAUAGCCAGAAGCUAGCGCUGUGUAAGCAAAUGGGUUUGUCGUUUCCAUUUUCUUGGUACUGAAUGUUUUCACUGGUAGCAAACUCAACAAAUGAGUGGCUCCUUCGCCCCCCACCCUCGCUCCCCCAGUUUGUUCGCUGUUAACCAAUAGAUCUUCAUUAAACAAAGGAAUAUUUUAGCAUUCCAAACCUGGUUCCUGCUUAUGCAAGCCGUUACUCACAUAAGCUUCAAUUGGGCUGCUCGUAAGUAUGAGGGCUGCUCAGCUGAGUAACGGCGUGCAGAGUUGGGCACGUAGGAGGGUUGGUACUUUUGGAGGAUUGCUUAAAUGAAAGCAUUUCCCUAAAUAGUGAUUUGUAAUUGCAAAGCUGUGACCAGAAUAAGUUUGGGGUUUUUUUUUAAGUUAUGUUUUAUUGUGUUUCUUCACUGUAGAACUGAAGCCAUAAAUGCACUGAUAUUGCUUUUUAAUACUUAACUUAAUUUUCCAUUAAGAUUUUCAGUGUUUGAUAUGUAUGAACUGCUGCAGAAAGUGGUCGCUGUGUACAAGCAAAAUCUGCAUUCGAGGCAAAGUGAGGUUUUACAGCCCCACUGAGCCAUUACUGCUGAAACUGUUGUGGAAACUAUGAAGCUGCAUGAACGAAGACUUCUUGAAUCGGUGUUUAUGGUAGUUUCUCAGGUUUCGUUUUAACUGGAUGUUAAAUGCACUGUGUUUUAUAGUUAUUCUCUUUUAGUAACACAUUUGGUUCUAUGCAGUGUUACAUGUCAUUUAGCAUUUGGUGAAUGUGCAUGUUUUGAACUGCAAAUUUUAAAUGUUUUGUCUUUUAAUUGUUAAAAAAUAAUAAACUUUGCCAUUAAUGAA